GGUGCCGGCGGGAAGGUUGUAGCGCGGUGCAUUGCUGCACUCUCGCCGGGUUCUGCGUGGGCGCGCCCCCCUGCACGGCGGCGACCGGACAGCGGGCUUUCUCCAGGCUCCUCGCAUUCCGGAUGAUUGUAAAGUCCUGAUCAGUGGCCACUGAAUAUAAUUGACACAGAAUAGGAAGAUGGCAGCAAAUCCUUCAGGACAAGGUUUUCAAAAUAAAAAUAGAGUUGCAAUUUUGGCUGAACUGGACAAAGAGAAAAGAAAAUUACUUAUGCAGAACCAAUCUUCAACAAGCCACCCUGGAGCUAGCAUCUCCCUCUCCAGACCCUCUCUUAAUAAGGACUUCCGGGACCAUGCUGAGCAGCAGCACAUCGCCGCCCAACAGAAGGCAGCUUUGCAGCAUGCUCAUGCACAUUCAUCUGGUUACUUCAUAACUCAAGACUCUGCAUUUGGGAAUCUUAUUCUCCCUGUUUUACCUCGCCUUGACCCUGAAUGAAGAAAGUGCCUGUGAUAAGGGACCUUGUAAUAUCAAAUGUCAAAGUUCUCACUCAGCUCUAUACAAACUGACUUUCAGAACUUUGGAGAACUUAGCUUUUGUUUCUUUAAAGAAAGGAAUAAGUGAGGGAAAGAGAAGAGGAGCUGGGCGCUGAGACCUUGGGGAGCGGCGGCGGCGAGGACCUGACUGUGCUGGCCGAGACAUUGGACUUCUUUGUAUUGCCAUUGGACUCUCCCUUGGACUCAGAAUCACUUAGUCUCAUGAAAUCUGCAUCACCUUCAACAAGUUGGACUGAAUUAUCAUGUGGGAAGCCCUGGGUUUGACCCCAUCACUGCACAUACAAGCUCUGACGACGGACGGCCCAUGCCUGUGAUCUCAGCACUAGGGGAAUAGAGGCAGGAGAUUGGAAGUUCAAGGCCAUCCUUGCCUAGGUAGUGAUUUUGAGACCAGUCUAAGGUAUAUGAGACUGUGCCUCAAAAAUAACCACAAUCUCCC